UUAAAAAAUAGAAAUGGCAGACAAAAAAUACCAUAAGCCUUAUCUACUCGUCGUCUGCUGCUACGCCUGCAAGUUCGAAUAUGAAUUCCAUUUUAUUUUCUUGGAGAACUUAAGCAUGGCAGUACCAGUACAGCAACCCAAAUAGGCCGCUGGAGGCAUUCCAUUAGGGAGAUUCGACAACGGAACCGAUCACCAGUACUGUUUCAAGCUUCAAGUUCGCCGUCGCUUCUCCGACCUCAAUCGGCCCUGUCGCCUCAGGUUGAAAGCACUUCAUAUAACUAAUUGAAAGAUUCUGUACAAUGAACGGAUCAUUUUGCUGUAAUCAUAUACAACAACAUCCACAAUUCUUUAGAAUUCAACAUUCGAGCUUCUCCUCGAGGGGAAGAAACCCUAUUCAAUGGCCAUCUGCAGUUAUACAGACGGCGGAAGGCCAAGCGGCGACCGAGGAAGCUGACUCCCAAUCGGAAUCAGUUGCUCGUCGCCUUAUUCUGCUUCGUCAUGCCAGGAGUUCGUGGCAAAAGCUCUCACUACGAGAUCAUGAUCGCCCAUUGAGUAAAGAUGGAAAGGCUGAUGCUAUUAAAAUUGCUCGUAAACUCCAAGAAUUGAAUUGGAUCCCUGAACUUAUUUUAUCCAGUGACGCCAAGCGAACCAGAGAAACGCUUAAGAUAAUGCAGAAUGAAGUUAGCAGUUUUUCUGAAGCAGAGGUGCAUCUCAUUUCCAGUUUUUAUUCCAUUGCUGCCAUGGAUGGUCAGACUGCGGAGCACCUUCAACAGGUUAUCUGUAAUUAUUCGCGGAAUGAGAUAAUUACAGUCAUGUGUAUGGGACAUAAUAGAGGGUGGGAAGAGGCAGCCUCAAUGUUUAGUGGCUCCUCCAUUGAACUGAAGACAUGCAAUGCUGCUUUGCUUGAGGCUUCAGGAAAAUCAUGGGACGAGGCAUUUGCUUUGGCAGGACUAGGUGGGUGGAAGCUUCAUGGCAUAGUAAAACCAAAUAACAGUUCAUAGAACGUCUUAAAAGUUUUUCUAGAGUUCUAUCUAUAGAAUUUUUCCCUGGUGGGUUUGACAAAAAUUCGACUGGUCGGCCUUGUGCAUAUUUAGCACCGAAAAGUUUUACCAUUUAACUUUUUCCUCUUAAGUCAGGAUUCUUUGUGUCGGAAUUAGAAAGCAUCUUCAUACAUCAACAGUGUGUUUUGAUUUUGAAUGGUUUUUUCUUUGAUAGUUAAAAAGUGCUUGUUCGCUCAGCAGUAAUUAAGAACUUGUUAAACUGCUCUUGGAGGAUAUUAUUGUUAAGUGAAGUAUUUUAACAUGAUUGUAUAAUAAGUGUUCAAU